AUGGAUUCUGUGCCAAGGCUGACCAGCGUUUUCACUUUGCUGUUCUCCGGCUUGUGGCAUUUAGGAUUAACAGCGACAAAUUACAACUGUGAUGACCCGUUAGCAUCCCUGCUCUCUCCAAUGGCUUUUUCCAGUUCCUCAGACCUCACGGGUGCUCACAGCCCAGCUCAACUCAACCGAAGAGUUGGAACUGGCGGUUGGUCUCCAGCAGAUUCCAAUGCUCAACAGUGGCUCCAGAUGGACCUGGGAAACAGAGUAGAGAUUACAGCAGUGGCCACGCAGGGAAGAUACGGAAGCUCUGACUGGGUGACGAGUUACAGCCUGAUGUUCAGUGACACAGGACGCAACUGGAAACAGUACAAGCAAGAAAACAGCAUCUGGACCUUUGCAGGAAACAUGAAUGCUGACAGCGUGAUGCACCACAAGUUACUGCACUCAGUGAGAGCCCGCUUCGUUCGCUUUGUGCCCCUAGAAUGGAAUCCAAGUGGAAAGAUUGGCAUGAGGGUGGAGGUCUAUGGAUGCUCCUAUAAAUCAGAUGUUGCUGACUUUGAUGGCCGAAGCUCCCUUCUGUAUAGGUUCAAUCAGAAGUUGAUGAGCACUCUCAAAGAUGUGAUCUCUCUGAAGUUCAAGAGCAUGCAAGGAGAUGGGGUUCUGCUCCAUGGAGAAGGUCAACGUGGAGACCACAUCACGCUGGAGCUCCAGAAGGGGAGGCUCGCCCUGCACCUCAACUUGGAUGACAGCAAACCUCGGCUCAGCAGCAGCCCACCCUCGGCCACCCUGGGCAGUCUGCUGGAUGACCAGCACUGGCACUCGGUCCUCAUUGAGCGGGUCGGCAAGCAGGUGAACUUCUCUGUGGACAAGCACACACAGCACUUCCGCACCAAGGGCGAGGCAGAUGCCUUAGACAUCGACUAUGAGCUUAGUUUUGGAGGAAUUCCAGUACCAGGCAAACCUGGGACCUUUUUAAAGAAAAACUUCCAUGGAUGUAUUGAAAACCUUUAUUACAAUGGAGUAAACAUAAUUGACCUGGCUAAAAGACGAAAGCAUCAGAUCUACACUGUGGGCAAUGUCACUUUUUCCUGCUCCGAACCACAAAUUGUUCCCAUCACAUUUGUCAACUCCAGCAGCAGUUAUUUGCUGCUGCCCGGCACCCCCCAAAUUGAUGGGCUCUCAGUGAGUUUCCAGUUUCGAACAUGGAACAAGGAUGGUCUGCUUCUGUCCACAGAGCUGUCUGAGGGCUCGGGGACCCUGCUGCUGAGCCUGGAGGGUGGAACCGUGAGACUCGUGAUUCAGAAAAUGACUGAACGCACAGCUGAAAUCCUCACAGGCAGCAGUUUGAAUGAUGGCUUGUGGCAUUCAGUUAGCAUCAACGCCAGAAGGGACCGCAUCACUCUCUCUCUGGAUAAUGAUGCAGCAUUCCCAGCCCAGGACACCACCCGCGUGCAGAUUUAUUCUGGAAAUAGCUAUUACUUUGGAGGGUGCCCUGACAAUCUCACCGAUUCCCAAUGUUUAAAUCCCAUUAAGGCUUUCCAAGGCUGCAUGAGGCUCAUCUUUAUUGAUAACCAGCCCAAGGACCUCAUUUCAGUUCAGCAAGGUUCCCUGGGGAAUUUUAGUGAUUUACACAUUGAUCUGUGUAGCAUCAAAGACAGGUGUUUGCCAAACUACUGUGAACAUAGAGGAAGCUGCUCCCAGUCCUGGACUACCUUCUACUGUAACUGCAGUAACACGGGCUACACUGGUGCCACCUGCCAUAACUCCCUCUACGAGCAAUCCUGCGAGGUGUACAGGCACCAAGGGAACACAGCUGGUUUCUUCUACAUUGACUCUGAUGGCAGCGGGCCACUGGGACCCCUCCAAGUGUAUUGCAACAUCACAGAGGACAAGAUUUGGACAUCAGUUCAGCACAAUAACACAGAGCUGACCCGUGUGCAGGGUGCGGACCCUGAGAAGCCCUAUACCAUGGCCUUGGAUUAUGGUGGCAGCAUGGAGCAGCUGGAAGCCAUGAUUGAUGGUUCAGAGCACUGUGAGCAGGAGGUAGCCUACCAUUGCAGAAGGUCCCGCCUGCUCAACACGCCAGAUGGAACACCAUUUACCUGGUGGAUUGGGCGGUCCAAUGAAAGGCAUCCUUACUGGGGAGGUGCCCCGCCUGGGGUUCAGCAGUGUGAAUGUGGCCUGGAUGAGAGUUGCCUGGACAUUCAACACUUCUGCAAUUGUGAUGCUGACAAGGAUGAAUGGACAAAUGAUACUGGCUUUCUUUCCUUCAAAGACCACUUGCCUGUCACUCAGAUAGUUAUCACUGAUACCAACAGAUCAAACUCAGAAGCUGCUUGGAGAAUUGGUCCCUUGCGUUGCUAUGGAGACCGGUACUUCUGGAAUGCGGUAUCAUUUUAUACAGAAGCCUCUUACCUCCACUUUCCUACCUUCCAUGCGGAGUUCAGUGCUGAUAUUUCCUUCUUUUUUAAAACCACGGCUCUAUCGGGAGUGUUCCUAGAAAACCUUGGCAUGAAAGACUUCAUCCGACUUGAAAUUAGCUCUCCAUCUGAGAUCACUUUUGCCAUUGAUGUUGGGAAUGGCCCUGUAGAGCUCAUAGUUCACUCUCCUUCUCUUCUGAAUGACAACCAAUGGCAUUACGUCCGGGCUGAGAGGAACCUCAAGGAGACUUCACUCCAGGUGGACAGCCUCCCAAGGAUGACCAGGGAGACUUCGGAGGAAGGCCAUUUCCGAUUGCAGCUGAACAGCCAGUUGUUUGUAGGGGGAACAUCAUCAAGACAGAAAGGCUUUCUAGGAUGCAUACGCUCCCUACACUUGAAUGGGCAGAAAUUUGACCUGGAAGAGAGGGCAAAGGUCACAUCUGGAGUCCGGCCUGGAUGCCCAGGUCAUUGCAGCACUUAUGGUAGCAUCUGCCACAAUGGGGGCAAGUGUGUGGAGAAGUACAGUGGGUACUUCUGUGAUUGCACCAAUUCACCAUAUGAAGGACCCUUUUGCAAAAAAGAGGUUUCUGCUGUUUUUGAGGCUGGCACUUCAGUUACUUAUAUGUUUCAAGAACCCUACCCAGUGACCAAAAAUAUAAGCCUCUCAUCCUCAGCGAUUUACGCAGAUGCAACUCCAUCCAAGGAAAAUAUUGCAUUUAGCUUUGUGACAGCCCAGGCACCCAGCCUCUUGCUCUACAUCAAUUCUUCUUCUCAGGAUUACCUGGCUGUCCUGCUCUGCAAGAAUGGAAGCUUACAGGUUCGCUAUCAGCUAAGCAAGGAAGAAACCCAGGUUUUCAAUAUUGAUGCAGAGAACUUUGCCAACAGAAGGAUACACCACUUGAACAUUGACCGGGAGGGAAGAGAGCUUACCAUUCAGGUGGAUCAGCAACUGCGACUCAGUUACAACUUCUCCCCAGAAGUCGAAUUCAGGGCCAUACGGUCACUCACCUUGGGCAAAGUCAAAGAGCAUCUUGGAUUGGAUUCUGAAGUUGCCAAAGCCAACACCCUGGGUUUUGUUGGAUGCUUGUCUUCAGUCCAGUAUAACCGGGUUGCACCCCUGAAGGCAGCCCUACGUCAUGCCACCAUUGCACCUGUGACUGUCCAUGGGACCCUGACAGAAUCAAGCUGUGGCUCCAUAAUGGAUGUGGAUGUGAAUGCAGUGACCACGGUGCACUCUUCACCAGAUCCCUUUGGGAAGACGGAUGAGCGAGAACCACUCACUAAUGCCGUUCGAAGUGACUCGGCCGUCAUUGGAGGAGUAAUAGCGGUGGUGAUAUUCAUCAUCUUCUCUAUCAUCGGCAUCAUGACCCGGUUCCUUUACCAGCAUAAGCAGUCACACCGCGCUAACCAGAUGAAGAAGGAAUACCCAGAAAAUUUGGACAGUUCCUUUAGAAAUGACAUUGACUUGCAAAACACAGUGAGCGAGUGUAAACGGGAAUAUUUCAUCUGA